UCCCUCAGGGAGUUUGGAUGGGAAGGCACAAUUUUGAUGAUGCUCACAGUCACCCUGGGAUGACAGUGGUACCAGUAGGGUUCUCAUCCUCUCCUUCCCUGACCCCAUACAGCUGUUAAACUCCACUAAUUGCUGGAUAUUAAGAUUGCUCUAUUGUUUUCAAAAAUGCCCUAGGGCAUAAAUUCCUUUACAAACUAAAUUGUGACUCCUCUGAUGCAGUAGUUUCUGAGGUCAGUGUUUGAUAUUUGUUCUGACCUCCACUGCUGUUGAGUCGAUUUGGACCCUGUGGGACAGACUAGAACUGCCCUUUAGGGUUUCCAAGGCUGUAAAUCUCUAUGGAAGCAGGCUGUCACAUCUUUCUCCCACAGAGCCGCUGGUGAGUUCGAACUGCUGACCUUUUGGUUUGCAUCCGAGUGCUUUAACCACUGUGCCACAAGGGUUCCUUUUGUUCUGACCUCAGGAGGGCUCAUUUCAGCUGUGUUGUUUUCUGGGAGCUACUUUCUUCUGUAGUCUCAGCUGUAUUUUCAUUAGAUCCAUAAAUCUUCUCCCUAUUGCGUUUUACUACAGUUGCCACUGUUUUUUGAGAGUGCCCUCAGGUUUAAACUCUGUUGGAAAUAAAGUCAGUUCCUUUGGGAAGAGAUUAGGAGUUAUCUGUUUUUUGGCCUGCCUCUCCCUGAGGCAAAAUUUGUAUGCCAUGGCUCUGGAGUUGGGAGUGGAGACAAUGGGAAGUUUCUCUCUGAGUGACUCCCCUGCUCUAAGAGUUGAGCACUGAGUGGAGGAAAGGCAGUAGCCUGAGGCCCUCUUAGUUUGCCUCUCCUGGUAUGGAAUCACCACCUCAAGAGCCUGAAAGGGUUAUAUAGUAGUUUUAGCAUGCUAGGCUCAAAGUAGAGCCUCUAAUCCAUAAGUGGGAGUUAGUUGGAAGAAGGGAGUCCCUACCUCCCAACUGCACUUGCCUGGAAUUUAGCCUCAGCAGCAGGGGUGGUAAGGAUAACAUGCUGAGGGCAUUCUCUUCCUCAGAAGAAAGCCCUCAGUCUGGGAGCUGGGUGGAGAGGGGAGCCCUGUGUUCUUGGUUGCAGCAGUCUAGAGUGGAGUCUCAAGGGCACAAAAGGUGUAGAGUGAAGUUUUCUUCCUGCUCCUAUACCCCAAACCACUCACUUCCUCUCUCUAGCAACAAUUAACACUACCAGUGUUGGUGCAUUCUAUGCAUUUAUAAGCAUAAAAUAGACAUAUAUAAGCAAAUGAAGUAUAGAUAUCCUUUUUUCCCCCUUCUUACAAAACUUGUUCUGUAUUUAACUCUUUUCGCUUAACAGUAUAACUUACAAGUACAUCAAGAAUUUCCUUAUUUUUGUUUUUGCCUGUAGAGUAUUAUGGAAUGUGGAGGAACUAUUUAUUUUAUUAUUCUAUUAAAGGUCAUUUUGAUUUUUUCCCCACCUUUUUUGCAGUUACAAACAGUGCUGCAUAAAUAACCUAUUAAGAUAAAUUUUUAAGGUUGUAUAUUUUUGUAAUUUUUUUGUAAAUACUGCAAAAUUGCCUUCCAGAUGUUACCCGAAUAGGAUCUGUGCCCUGGAGCAGUCCAGCUAAUAAAACAUACUCAAGUCAGAAAAAGAGAGAAAGUUUUAAUUCAGGAAGUGUACACCACUGGGGACCCAACAGCAACCCAGGCUGUCCUUCGGGAGUCCCAAAAGGCAUUUUUACAUUAGAGCUUAUAUAUGAUUUUUACAAAGGUUAAAAGUGUUGUUAUUCAUUCUAAGGUAAUUACAAGAGUUUCUUUAUCAUAUCAUACUAAAGAGAUAAGGAACCAGAAGUUUCUUUAUCAGGCUAAAGAUAUAAGUGUCUGACGUCUAGGCUCUAAUCUUCUUUGGGGGAUCCUAAGUCAUAAAAUAAAGUCAUUAACAAAGGUAUACAAAAACGGAGAAGGCAAAGAAAAAAGAAAAAAUAACUUACAGGUUCAUCAUGGCGUUAGUUUGUCAAGCUCUCAGUCGCCCAUUCUGAAAUGGUGAAAAUAUGCUGGGGAGUAUUAUGGUCACAUAGUCCCCCCUUUGAAACUCAGGUGGCCGUAUACACCCAUCCCAAGUUUCAACCAAUUCUCUUAGAUCAGAAAGUUUCAAGCAAAGGGAUUGGGCCUUUUCCUGCGACGGGUUUGAGCCAUCCACUGGACAGUUUGACUCGGCACAGAGAAUGUCAUCCCACAUAUAGGCAUAAAUUGGAGACAGCAACAGAUUAACAGGCCUGUAACAACUAAUCCAGUUUUACUAAUGAAUAAGAUUUUUAGCCAGGUAAGAUCUGGCAGUCAGGAGGUCAGCCAAAAAAAAUCAAACCCUUCGUGGAUCUUAUAACAGGCCCCCAACUAUAAAUAUCUGAAUAUUGUAACUCUUUUUUGUGUGUUUUAAAGUGGUGAAAUUUCUCGACACCUCUAGGGGAGUACAAAUCCCAGAUACAGGACUUCAGGGCCGAAUUGGCAUGCGACCCCCUGAUCAGACAGAAAUCAGUAAUGUUGAACACUUUUCUAGCAAUAUAGAUUCAAAAAUUUUCAUCUUCCAACAAGGGGUCGGGGAGGACCGUUUAUCUCAGGGACAAGGAUUCUCCCAGCGGAUUUCUCUCUCGUACCUCAUAGUAAUCCCAUCCAAGCUAGCAUUAAAAACUUUUACUUUUUAACCCUAGAAAGUCUUAACUUCAGGCCGUCGAUGGGUUGAGUUUUCCACUCCUUCUUGUCACUGUAGACCAGGCAGGGCUUGACGCGGGAAUGAUGGAUCCACGGUUUGACUCCCACGAGCUUCACGGCUGUGUGAGUGCUGAGUAGCACAGUAAAGGGUCUAGUCCACUUAGGCUGUAACGGGAGGUCUUUCUACUUACGAAGGAGCACCUGGUCGCCGAGCUGGAAAGAGUGCAUGGCUAUCUCAAGAGGGAACUUCUGCUGGAUCCAUACUGCCCGAUGCAACUGGGAAAGAAUUUUGGUUAGAGAAAGCAAACGUUCAGACAUCAUUACAUUGGGAGGCUAGGUGGAGGACUGUGGGGAGAGUUGGUUGAGACAAUAUGAUCUCCCAUUAAGUGUUUCAAAAGGGCUGAUUUUAAGUUUUCCCCGGGGUGCGAUACAGACACGGAGGAGGGCCAGUGUCAGGACAUCUGUCUAUGGCAGCCUGGUCUCUUGGCACAGUUUACUAAGAUGAUGUUUUAUGGUCUGAUUCAUUCUUCCAACCUUUCUGCUAGAUUAGGGUCUCCAUACUGUGUGGAGUUUUCACUUUAUUCUUAAGGCAGUUGAAACCUGUUGUACUGCUCUCUAGCUGUCUCGGUUCAGCAGGGAAGAGCUUCUACCCAUCCUGAAAAAGAAUCUACACACACCAGUAAAUAUUUCAUCCAGCGUUUAGUUUUGAACACUUCACGAAAGUCGGUUUGCCAUAUUUCACCUCGAAGGCUCCUAUUUCUUGAGGACUAGAAAUCUUGGGCCCAUAAGUCUUUGAAUAAGGUCCUUUUUGUUCCAAUACUACAGUCACUGCUUGAGGGACAAAGACAAUAAUAUCAUGUCCCACGGUAAAUUUGUUAGCCUCCUUUACGAUAAUGCUAGCUGUGGCAUCUGCUUGGAGGCAGGCCUGCGGUCUUUUUGAGAAAAGCAUCCAGGUUUUUUUAGAGAAAUAGGCAAUGGGGCAUUUCCACUGUCCCAACUACAGGGUUAAUACACCAGCAGCCGCUCCUCUUCUCUCCUCUAUAUACAAUUCAAAGGGUAUUUGAUAAUCUGGCAUGCCACUGGGGCUUUAAAUCACAAAAGGCUUGUUUGACACUCAGGAGUCCUUUGAAAGGAUCUCUCUCCGCCCCCUGAGUAGCCUGAUAGGCUAGGCUGCAGAUGGUUUCUAUGAAGAAACCUAGGCAUUUUACCUCUGUGAGGUUAGCUUGUAACUUUAUUAAAGAGACUCUAUCCAGCUUUGGCCAGAAAAUUUAAGACAGUCACAGUAUUUGUGACGGAGUCUUCCUCAGACUUGCUUCCUAUCAGGAGGUCUGUCCACAUACUGAAAGACCACUCCUUGCUUGAGGGGAGGCAGCCACUCUAGAUCCUGGGCCAGCUCUGUUCCAAAAAUAGUGAGGGAGUUCUUAAACCCUUGGGGUAGCAUAGUCCAACAGAGCUGUUUCUUUCUUUUGUCACCUUCCCAUUCGGAAGCAAAGAUCAGCUGGCUCUCAGCAGCCAGCGGGACACAAAAGAAAGUGUCUUUUAAAUCCAAAAACAGUAAAAUGAGUGCAGGAAGGCGGGUUCAGGACUAUCGGGUGUAGGGUCUUCACAACUUUGUUAACAGCCUUCAAAACGGUACUCACUGGUCGAUGUCUUCUUUACCGGCAGAACAGGGGUGUUGAAUGGGGAUCAGCAUUCUCACAAUAGUCCCCACUCCACGUAUCGUAUCGAGUGAUCAGUCCCUGCAGUCCUAGACGAGCCUCAACUCUCAGUGGAUAUUGUUUAAUCUGAGGAGGCAUGACAUUACUUAACAGCACCACAACCACAGGGAGGACAGUCCGAGCUGGUCCCGGCCGGCCACUGGCCCAAACCCACGGGGCCACGGCAUCAACCACUCUUUGAGCCGUGGGUGAGACAGACGCGGGGGAUAGCACCAGUUAGGUGAGGGCUAAGAGAAGCUGCUUGCACUUUCCAAGGGUUUGCUGGCAGUACUGUUAGAGACAGGCCUUUUUUAUCAAAAGAGUUUUCAGCAGGCAUUUUCCUUAGGAAAUCCUGCCCAAAAAAGGGGAACCAGGCAUUCAGGGUGUAUAGAAAGUGGUGGGAUAGCUUGAUUUCCCGUUUCACAGUCCACUGGCAAAAAAAAAAGAUCGAGUCAUCCUUUCCCCAGUCACCCUUACAACUUGAGUACUGCUGGUCGAGGCAGUCCCUUUAGACUUCUGAGUGGGUACUGAGAAGGCUGCUCUGGUAUCAGCUAAAAAGUCUACUGGCUGUUCUCUCACCAUAACUUUUACCAGGGAGUCAGUAGGAGGUAAAUCAAAAGUUGUCUCACCCUGUCUCUGUCAUUCAGAGUCUUUCUCCUGCUCUUUCAUAAUUCCUUGAAAAAGCUUCUCCCCCCUUUCAGUCUUGCCUGGCCCUUUUCCAUUCUUUCUUUGGGGCACUUGUUUUUCCAGUGUCCGUCCUCUCUGCAAUAUGCACAUUGGUUUUUCUUUAGUCGGGGCCCGUCCUUACCUCGGUCUUGUCACCUUCUUCCAGAUGAUCCUAGACCAGCAACCUGUUUCUUCAUGUCCUGGUCUUUUUCUUUUUUUCCCCGUCCUCUUUUACCUGAUCCCUGUUGGUAAAGACCUUAAAUGCGUUCAGUCAUGGCAUGUGGGUCUGACGGAUACUCCGGAAAGUUUUGCUUUCAGUUGUACAAAUCGGAUGCCAGGAUCGGAUUACGGACCCACGUCAUCUGAGGUGGGCCUUUCUGCAGCGGUGACUGGCACCUCCUGGAGUGGGUAAAGCCCUUCUGGGUGAAGUAGUCUGAAUUUUACCCCACUCCUAGUAUGGAUGGUAUCUGUCCCACCUUCUCCACCCCGCCUUUAACACCUUCCCAUCCUUAUCUUCUGAUAGCACCAAGGAGGGUUUCUCCGAGGUGAGGGAAUGAGAGUUUGGGUAUAAUAUCUGGUUCUUCAUCACCUACCCCCUCAUCAUCAUUCGCCUGCACAAGAGGGGUUAAAACAGAGGCUUUAUCCUUUUGUUCGUGCGAUAAAGUCGUAAAACAUUUCACAUACAGCUUUUCAUCCCACUUGUUAGUUCGAGUACAAAACAGGUCAAACUUCAUAAUGGCACCAAAAUCUGUAAACCAUUUUAAAGGUCACUUAACCCCAUCGGGGAGCUGGUAUUGAGGCCACAUCUGAUUACAUAAACCUUUAAGAUGUCUCUUAGUUAGGGGAUCCCUUCCUAAAUAAGUCCAGUUCUUAGUGGACUCUCGGCCGGAACCUUACUUCCCUGGGUACCCACUUGCAACGGGGAACCUCGCUGGUCUCUUGUCCAACCUCAUGGGAUCUAGUCACCCGUUCUUGGAGGGAGUCUGGGAGAACCGAUGCCCCUGUGGCUUCUACAGAGGGUUUACCACCCAAUGAUGCCCAGUUACCUGCCAUGGCCAACGGAAACUUUCUCCCUCUGUCCAGAGCUCGCUGCCAUGGAGUCCUCCCCCAUUGCCAGACCUCUGGGCCACCACAGGUUGAGAGACCUCCACAACUCGAGGAGGGGUGCACCUUCUGUCUUCCUGGGUCCUUCCCAUAGGCUUGGUCCUUAGGGAAACUGAGCCAGGGCCUGAGUAAUUUGAGCCCCACGUUGGGUGCCACAAAGAUAUAUGCAAUUUAUAUUCCCACCAGCAGUUGUUUUGAGUUUUGACAUAAGGGAUUUGGGCAUGGUGAAUACACAGAAUAACCAAUUUGAAAUAUCCUCUUCAUCCAUGUGUAUUUACAGUGGGGAACCCAGUAUUGGAUUGCAUUUUAGCCUUGUUUAUUCAACACACGGUUAGUUAAGUGCCUGCGAAAGAAUGUAGUCUUUGCUGUCCACUGUCAGCAAAUAAUUACAGCAGAUUAACUUUACCUAAGAUAUCAUAGAAGAUAUCUGGAGGAGCAGAUCUUUGUUUGCCCCAGGUAGGAUAGGGGAGAUUCUAGAUUAGCAGUUCUCAAACUUUUUGGUUUCCUACCUCUUUACUCUUUUAAAAGUUAUUAUGGACCCCAAAGAGCUUUUAUUUAUAUGGGUUAUAUUUAUGAAUAUUUACUGUAUUAGAUUAAAACUAAGGAAAAGUAAAUAUUUAUUAAUUCAUUAAAAUAACAAUAAAGUUUACAUAUUAAUAUGCGUAUAUAACUUUUUAAUGGAAAAUAGCUAUAUUUUCUAAAACAAAACAUUUGUGAGAAGAGGGAGCAGAUAUUUACAUUUUUUGCAAAUAUCUUUAAUGUCUGACUUAAUAGAAGACAGUUGGAUUCUCAUAUCUGCUUCUGCAUGCAGUCUGCUGUGAUAUGUCGUUUUGGUUGAAGUACAUGAAGAAAAUCCAGCCUCAAAGAUAUGUAGUUGGAAAAAGGAGGAGUAUUUUACUAUGCUUUUCAGGUUAGACUUGUUUCUUAUGUGUGAUGCCAUUCCAGCACUGGACUCAUGGAGGCUGAACAUUUAUUCAGGAGUCCAUAGAGGCUACUGUAUUCUGUUGAAGAUGUCUAACAGUAACGCUACUCAGGAGACCCUGGAAAUAAUGAAAGAAUCAGAAAAAAAACUGGUAGAAGAAUCUGUAAACAAAAACAAGCUUAUAUCUAAGGCUUCAAGUAAGGAAGAAAUUGAGAAAGAGGGUGAAGAUAUCAGUUUGCGCCAGGAAUCACAGAGGCGGACAUCCAACCAUGGUCAUGCCAGGAAAAGAGCGAAGUCUAAUUCCAAGCUGAAGUUGGUGCGCAGCCUGGCAGUGUGUGAAGAGUCCUCCACCCCAUUUGCUGAUGGGCCGCUAGAAACCCAGGAUAUAAUUCAGUUACAUAUCAGUUGCCCCUCUGACAAGGAGGAGGAAAAGUCCACAAAGGAUGUCUCUGAAAAGGAAGACAAGGAGAAAAAUAAAGAAAAGAUCCCAAGGAAGAUGCUGUCCAGAGACUCCAGCCAAGAGUAUACGGACUCCACUGGAAUAGACCUACAUGAAUUUCUUGUAAAUACACUGAAAAAGAAUCCAAGGGACAGAAUGAUGCUGCUAAAAUUAGAACAGGAGAUUCUGGACUUUAUUAAUGACAACAAUAACCAGUUCAAGAAGUUCCCUCAGAUGACCUCAUAUCACCGGAUGCUAUUACACCGGGUAGCUGCCUAUUUUGGGAUGGACCACAAUGUUGAUCAAACUGGAAAAGCUGUCAUCAUCAACAAAACCAGUAACACAAGAAUUCCUGAACAGAGGUUCUCAGAACAUAUAAAGGAUGAGAAGAAUACAGAAUUUCAACAGAGAUUCAUUCUCAAGAGAGAUGAUGCCAGUAUGGACCGAGAUGAUAAUCAGAUCAGAGUUCCAUUGCAGGAUGGAAGGAGGAGCAAGUCAAUAGAAGAGAGAGAGGAGGAAUAUCAAAGGGUCCGAGAGAGAAUAUUUGCCCGAGAGACUGGCCAGAACGGAUAUCUAAAUGACAUCAGACUCUCCAAAGAAGCCUUUUCUUCUAGUUCUCACAAGAGAAGGCAGAUUUUUAGGGGGAACCGAGAGGGGCUGAGCCGCACCUCAAGCAGCCGCCAGAGCAGCACAGACAGCGAACUCAAAUCCCUGGAGCCGCGGCCCUGGAGCAGCACAGACUCUGACGGCUCUGUCCGGAGCAUGCGACCCCCUGUCACCAAAGCCAGCAGCUUCAGCGGAAUCUCUAUCCUCACCCGGGGCGACAGCAUCGGGAGCAGUAAAGGUGGCAGUGCAGGAAGGAUCUCCAGGCCAGGUAUGGCGCUAGGUGCCCCAGAAGUGUGCCACCAGGUCACCUCAUCGCAGUCUAUCCGGGGCCUUCUCCCUUGUACUGCCCAGCAGCAGCAGCAGCAGCAGCAGCUUCCUGCUCUCCCGCCCACGCCUCAGCAACAGCAGCCCUUGAAUAAUCACAUGAUCUCACAGCCAGUCCCGGCUCUGCAGCCCUCCCCGCAGCCUGUUCAGUUCUCUCCAAGCUCCUGUCCCCAGGUCCUUCUGCCAGUCUCUCCGCACCAGCAGUACAACAUGGCAGAUGACCUCAGCAAUCCCUUUGGACAAAUGAGCCUCAGCCGCCAAGGUUCUGCUGAAGCAGCUGACCCAUCUUCAGCUCUCUUCCAGCCUCCACUUAUCUCCCAGCACCCUCAGCAGACUAGCUUCAUCAUGGCUUCCACGGGACAGCCCCUCCCCACUUCCAGCUAUUCCACCUCUAGCCAUGCACCACCUACUCAGCAAGUCCUGCCGCCCCAGGGCUACAUGCAGCCCCCUCAGCAGAUCCAGGUUUCUUACUAUCCUCCUGGACAGUAUCCUAACUCCAACCAGCAAUAUCGACCUCUCUCUCACUCGGUGGCCUAUAGCCCCCAACGUGGUCAGCAGCUGCCUCAGCCAUCCCAGCAGCCUGGUUUACAGCCCAUGAUGCCUAACCAGCAACAGGCGGCUUACCAAGGCAUGAUUGGGGUCCAGCAGCCACAGAACCAGGGCCUUCUCAGCAACCAGAGGAGCAGCUUGGGGGGCCAAAUGCAAGGCCUGGUGGUUCAGUACACUCCACUGCCUUCUUACCAAGUCCCAGUGGGUAAUGACUCGCAAAAUGUGGUCCAGCCGCCUUUCCAGCAACCUAUGCUGGUCCCUGCGAGCCAAUCUGUGCAAGGGGGCCUGCCAGCAGGGGGCGUGCCCGUGUACUACAGCAUGAUCCCACCAGCUCAGCAGAACGGUACGAGCCCUUCUGUAGGGUUUCUACAACCUCCUGGCUCUGAGCAGUUCCAGAUGCCUCAGUCUCCCUCUCCCUGCAGCCCACCACAAAUGCCACAGCAGUACUCAGGAGUGUCACCUUCUGGACCAGGUGUGGUGGUCAUGCAGCUGAAUGUCCCUAACGGACCCCAGGCCCCCCAGAACCCUUCCAUGGUCCAGUGGAGUCACUGUAAAUAUUACAGUGUGGACCACCGGGGACAGAAGCCUGGAGACCUGUACAAUCCUGAAAGUAGUCCCCAGGCCAACACACAGAUGAGCAGCAGCCCUGUCACAUCUCCUACCCAGUCCCCAGCACCCUCUCCUGUCACCAGCCUCAGCAACGUCUGCACAGGACUCAGUCCCCUGCCCGUCCUUACACAGUUCCCCCGGCCUGGGGGUACAGCACAGGGUGAUGGGCGCUACUCCCUCUUGGGUCAGCCAUUACAGUACAAUCUGUCCAUCUGCCCUCCCUUGCUCCAUGGCCAGUCAACUUACACAGUGCACCAGGGACAGAGUGGAUUGAAGCAUGGAAACCGGGGCAAGAGACAAGCACUCAAAUCUGCCUCCACUGACCUGGGGACAGCAGAUGUUGUCCUGGGUCGGGUGCUGGAGGUGACAGAUCUCCCUGAGGGCAUCACCCGUACCGAGGCGGACAAACUCUUCACCCAGCUCGCCAUGUCCGGCGCCAAGAUCCAGUGGCUCAAGGAUGCUCAGGGGCUGCCCAGCGGGGGCGGGGGGGACAACGGUGGGACUGCUGAGAACGGCCGCCACGCGGACCUUGCUGCCUUGUACACCAUCGUGGCUGUGUUCCCCAGCCCCCUGGCUGCCCAAAACGCCUCCCUUCGCCUCAACAACUCCGUGAGUCGCUUCAAACUUCGAGUGGCCAAAAAGAACUAUGACCUGAGGAUCCUGGAGCGAGCCAGCUCCCAGUGAGCGGAGAACGGGAAGGGACCAGCACAGUAGGGAUGGGGAUAGGGUGGAGGGAGUGGAGGGGUCCAGACAGAUCAUGGACAGAGGCACGAAGUAGGGAGACAGACGCUGAACUGGAGCCUGAGACCUUAGGGACAGAGAUGGAAACAGACACGGGACUCCUCACUCCCCUGCCGUGGUCCUUUUUCCCUGGUUGGCUCCUCUCUGCUUCCCUCUCCUUCCCAUCAUCUUCUAUCAUUUUUUAUCUCUUCUCCCACCAUGAAAUUAAUUUCUUUCAUAUUUUUUGGCCAGGUAGAAUUAGGAGGGUCCCACACUCCCCUAUCCUCCUAUUUCCUUACCAUCCCAAGCUCCCUUUUCUUGUCUUUAUGAGUAUAUUUAUAUGGACAGAAUGAAGAAAAACGAAAUUGAUUUCCCCUUCCUCUCAUUUCCCCCAUCUUAUCUCCCCAAACCCCACUGAGUUAAAACUCGGGCCUCCUCCCACCCGCAGAACACUUGUAUAUUGUUUGAGGUUCGUGCCGCAGUAACAGACACAGUAUUUAAUUGCACAUACAGAUGUUUGCUGGGUAUAUUCACUGUAAAUUUUAUUUAAUCUGUUUGUUUGUUUGGGGGUUACCUGGGGGGAGGUUGGUUUUGUUUUUAAAUAUAAAAAAAAUCUUCUGUUACUGGACGUCAGUCCCCGUUUUUCUCUUGCCGCCUUGGUGUGGGUGGGGGUUGGAGGUCCUGGGUAAGUACAGCCCCGCAGCUGUUGGAGGGGUUUGAUGUGGGUUGGGGUGGUUUUCCCUAAACACAUGCACACAUCUCUUCCUAACGCUAUUCCUCCCCCUGCAACCCCGUCCUUCUCCCUGCCCACAGUUGUGAUAUAUGGCUGGGUCUCUGAUGGAGCCUUGGUUCUGGGCUCUCCCAGCUUGACUCUGGAUCACUUUGUGUCCUUAUUAGUAAAAUAAGAGACUUGGACUGACAAAGUGACCUCUGAGGUUCCUUGCAGCCUAUUCUGUAAUACUCAUUUAAGGCCCUCGUGGCUGAUCUGGGGUGGGGCAAGGGGCUGUUAAGUCCAGAACUGGAUUGAGAUGUUGUCCUCAUAUCCUGUCCCAUCUAAUCUUCUGAAAACCCUUUAGGGAUGGAGUACUUGGUCUUUCUUUAAUCCUAAAGCCAGAGGAUUGUGUUCUACAGAAAUGGAUGCUUCUUGUAAUAAAUGCUACAUCAGCUGAACUUGCAGUGCCAGGAUGCCACAUUAUCCAGGUGUGCUCAGCCAUCCCUGUGCAUUGAAGAAAGAAGAAGAGCAAAAGUCACUCCACCUGCAAGAUGGAGGCUUUCCUAUAUCUGGGGCUCCUCAAAGUUGGUGCUGUUGUUCACAGCCAGUUAGGCCAGGGCCAUUAAAGAGCUUAUAGCCUCAGAACCAGUAGAACCUGAGAGAAAAAAGCAGUGGGUGGAAAUGGCAAAGCACAUUGCCCUGGAAAUCUCUUGGGUGGCAGUAUGUCUAGGCAGGCUCCUCUGAAGCUUGUCUGACCCUGCCUCCAACCUAAUCCUCUCUUUCUUACAGAUGCAAGGGUUAAUGCAGCAGUACAUUACCACCUGUAAAUUUUUCUUCUCUGAGAUGGCAGUAUCUCUUCUUCCAGCCAUGUCACAGCCCACAGAAUAGGAGAAGGCUACAUCUCUAUGAGAUACGAAUGCCAGCUAACUCCUUGACCCAUCAGUUCAUACGCUGGGGUAUGAGAGGAGGGAGAUGAAACCAAGGAGUCAAAUUAGCAGAAAGUGUGAGGCAUGGCCAUCCUACCUCCAGGAGUUUGCUGCUCUCAUGGGAAAGGGGACAUUAUUUACAGAUGAUCAGAACGCCCUGUGUGGCAGCUAUAGCCUUCUGUUUACUGUUAACUAGACCAUCCCUACCUGGUUGUCAGACCAGCACUCCCCGAGUGCCUCUCAGAUGGAAGUAUUAGCCUAUCUUUCCUAGGCGCCCUUAAGGUUCCCUUUGGAGCCCUGGCGGCACAGUGGUUAAGAGCUCAGCUGCUAACCAACAGAUUGGCAGUUCGAAUCCACCAGCAGCUCCUUGGAAACCCUAUGGGGCAGUCUACUCUGUCCUAUAGGAUCGCUAUGAGUCAGAAUCGACUCGAUGGCAGUGGGUUUGGUUUUGGUUUUUUGGUAAGGUUCCCUCUACCCUGAGGACACAGUUUUAGAGAAAAGGGGGUAACAACGUCUCUGGAUAUAGCUGGAGGGAACAAAGCAGUACUACAGAUCGUUCACUCCCUUACAGGCUGGAGCAGGGUACCCUCUAACUCCUGUGAAUAAGAAAGCAGUCUAGUCUAUCUGAUAGGAGAGCUCUGAGGAGUCAAAUGAUCCCUUCCUACCUGGUUUCCAGCCCUUUCUUUCCUAAAGUUUUAAAGUUAGGCUGGUGCUUGAGGGUGUAAAAAUACAUGGUCACAAGAAGACAAGGCUGAGAAGUUGAAGUAUGUAGUUCCUAAAGUAGGCCCAGGGA